UUUUUCCAUUCGAGUCUCUUUGUUUUUAGAAUGUCAUAUUCUUAAUAUUCUUAUUAAGCUUUCUUCUCAUCCUUGACAGCUCUUUUGCUUCUCAUUUCUUUUUCUGCUUCUUUCCAUAGUAUUGACUUGAUAUCUUCAUAGAUAUCUUUGUAGUCAAUGAUGAAAUCGCCUGCACACUCAAAAUCUGUGGCAAGUUAUUAUGACGCAUAUGGAUUUGAUCUGCAGGAGGACUUUUCUCAGUUCUUGGAGGAAGCAAGAAAAUAUGAGAUGACAGAAGCAAAGGCGAAGAGCUUAGCAUCGGUGCACCCAGAAGGAGGAAGAGGAGGGAAGAGAGAAGAAUCAUCAGAUAAAGAGAAACAGAAAAGUGGGAAGAAGAAGAAAUCAUGGAAAAGUUCUGUGGUUUCAUGGUGGAAAACUGAGAAGAAAAGCAAGCCCACCACCACCAACAUUAAUUCUGAAGAGCAAAAGGGUUCUUGUGGGAAAAAGCAAAGUCACGUCUCUGGUCCAAUAUAUAACUCUGGAAGAGCUCCUAAUGCAAAGAAGCAAUGGCGUCCCCAUACUGGUCCUCUCAUCACAAGUCUCUUCUCUAAAUCCUCAAAGAAAGAGAACCACAAUGAUAUUCCCUAUGUGUGUCUCCACCACCACCAGCAACAAAAUAGCCCUCAAGAUGUUCACAUUCAGAACUAUGGUCCCCCCUAUGUCGUCUCUUGAAUCUGCAUGUCUGAAUUAGAAAUUCUUAAGUAAGGUAUGCUGGAGUACAUUCAAGACCCACAUGUUGGGAGUGCGGAAACUAAACCCUGAAACAUUGCUUGAAUGAAGAGCAUGUCCAAGUUUUGGGCUUCUCUGUCAGAAAUGCAUAUUCUUAUGACAAUAUUUUCAUUUUCCACUGCAAAAUGAGUGUGAAUGUAUUGGCUGUUGAGGGAAACUCUGCUGGAAAGUGUAUCAGAGUCUUGUGUGAACUGAGAUUUAUGUUUGAUACGUUCAUAUUCAACAUGCCAUGACUUUUUAAAAUUACUAUACUUGAGCCUUGUGCCAUUUGAAGUUAUUGACAUCAUA